AAAAAAAGAAAAAAAAAAGUAAGAACAGACCUCGUUAGUAUUCUACACUCUCUCUCAACUAUUGGCAAAAGGACUCAAUCGAUAAGAUUUUCUCUUCGAGUUGAUGUUUGGAGAGGGAAUUUGAAUCUGUGGUUGAAGUUUACUGGUUAAGAAAAGAGUGAAAGAUUAAAUAAAUGACAGUCACUGUGAUUCAACUCUGUUCUGAAUUCAGGCAACUGAACCAAAAUUUCUUUGAUGGAUACUUAAACAAAAUGGCCGUGAAACCAACAGUAGCUUUGAGGGCUUUUCUUGUAGGAGGGGUAGCUGUUUUUGCAAAAGUAGCAGGUGCAAUGAAGGCUGCUGGUGGUGCUAAACUGGGUGCAGCCGCGGCUGCUAUGACUGUAGCGGCUUCUGCUGCAAUGACAGGAUCGAAACAGGAGCAAAAAGAUGGGUCUAAGCAACCUCCAAAAUGAUCUUCCUUUUCUUUCAUUCUUUCUUUCAGCACCUUGUAGGCAUUUGUAAUGUAGGUGAAGUAGUCAGUUGCUCAUGGGAGCUUGUCUAGAGAAGAUGGCUAUGUUUGGAAUUCUGUUUUGGUCAUCACGGAGUUUUUAUUUUUAAAUGACUUGAAAUAAGAAAAACCUACACUUUUGAUUUGAAUUAAACUUAAAGAAGAUGGUAUAUUGCCAUUCAAAUUCA